AUGGCAUAUUCAACAGAUACAGCGCCACAUCGACCACAAGAUGUGCAGCAGGUGGCCGAGAUGCUGCGCGGACUGGAGGCCAAGAAAAGUCAGGGAAAACAACGAGGCAUUUCAUGCAAGAAAGCGACUUUUACCGUGACGGGAACCCAGCUAAAGGUGGACUCCUGGAAAAUGUCUGACUGGGACUACAAGAAACCUAAUUUACCAACAUACGCCCGAGGACUUUUCACAGCUAGAAAUGAUCAUGGUCACCCGGAGAUCGUCGUUCGAGGGUACGACAAAUUCUUCAAUCAUGGAGAGGUGCGCGAGACUGAAUGGCCCAACAUCGAGGAGAAUACACGAGGCCCGUACGAAUUGAGUGUCAAAGAAAACGGUUGCAUCAUUUUCAUCGCUGGCCUUGAAUCGGGCGAUAUCAUCGUCUGCAGCAAGCAUUCCACGGGAAGCCGUUCGGACACGGACCUCAGUCAUGCAGAGGCGGGCGAGAGGUGGGUUGAGCGUCAUCUCGCCAGCGUCGGAAAAACCAAGGCCGAUCUUGCGCGGAGACUACGAGAGAUGAACGCGACCGCAGUAGCCGAACUCUGUGACGACGAUUUCGAGGAGCAUGUGUUGGAGUAUCGCCCAGAAGCCGCUGGUCUUUACCUUCAUGGUAUCAACCUCAACCUACCCGAGUUUGCAACGUACCCUCAUCAUUUGGUCGAUGCCUUUGCUGACGAAUGGGGAUUCAAAAAAACCAUGUACAUCCUCAAAGAUAACGUUCAGGACGUUCACAGUUUCCUCGAUGAAGUUGCUGAGACGGGCAACUAUGCCGGCCGCGACACAGAGGGAUUCGUCAUUCGCUGCCAGUCAAAGUAUGGUACUGGUGAGUGGCACGACUGGUUCUUCAAAUACAAGUUUGAGGAGCCAUACUUGAUGUACCGCCAGUGGCGAGAGUGCACGAAGGCCAUCAUCAAUGGUCGUGAACCACGAGUUCGCAACCAUAAGAAGAUCACCGAGGAGUAUCUCCUCUUCGCACGACAACAGCUGCACGCUCAUAAGGGACUUGGUCAAGCUUACAUGCACAAUCAUGGCAUCAUCAAAUUGCGAGACGCUUUCCUCGCUUCGCGAGGUCUUAAUGGCCACGAUAUCAUUCGACAGGAAGCAGAAGCCGAGGGAGCAGAGGUCUCGAAUGCCACGGCCGAGAACGACAUCGUCCUUGUACCCGUUGCAACACUUGGCUGCGGUAAAACUACGAUCGCUCUUGCGCUCACAAAGCUUUUUGAGAAUUGGGGUCACAUUCAAAAUGAUAACAUCACAGUCAAAAGCCGAAAGCCACAGGCCUUUGCGAAUGCCUGUUCGAAAGGCCUCAUCGAUCACCCAGUCAUGAUAGCGGAUCGGAACAACCAUCAAAGACGAGAGCGUCAACAGCUGUACACCGACAUCUCGGCUAUCAUCCCACGUGCACGAUAUGUGGCGUUACAUUUUGUGCACGAUCGGGAUCGAAUUGACGAUAUCCGUACUACACUACGAGCUCGUGUACUUGGCAGGGGAGACAACCACCAGACGAUUCACACAAGUAAAGGCGAGGGAGAAAUCAUCGGAAUCAUGGAGGGGUUCUUGCACCGCUUCGAGCCGGUCAGGCAAGACAGCCCACCUGACGAUGGUUUUGACUUCGUGAUCGAUCUUGAUCCUCUGGCGUCAUCACGAGAGAACCUCGAGACAGUCAUCAGUGCACUGUAUGUAGAGUUCCCUAGACUGUUCGCCGCGCGUGAAGCCAGCGACGGUGGUGGUAUGCCGACGGCAGAGGACAUGGACGCGGCUAUCGACGCCGCCCUACAUGGGUAUACCGUUGAUCUGAAACACGAGAUCAAGGGCCGAGAUGACAACAAGAGCAACAAGAACAAUCGUUUAGCGGAAAAGUCUGUGGCACCUGCUGGCCCGCCCAAAGCGCCCAAGGUCGAAUACUUUGGCAUAACAGUUUCUGCUGCUCGAAUCAACGCGAUUUUGUCCGCUAUGUUUCACGGCGCCCCUCCUGAUGUGGCCAGAAUGUAUAACGCGCUGAAGCAGCAGCGUCGUAUUCAAGCCGCAUUUCACGUUACGCUGUGCCAUCGUGCCAGCGCUGGUGACUGUCCAGAAAUCUGGCAGCACCUCAACACUAUCUACGAGCAAGUGUCGAAGCCAACGGCGGAGCGAGCAUUCGUGGAUCUACAAGCGCCCUUGGGAAAAAGCUACAUCAAGCUGGAGAGGCUUGUUUGGAACGACCGAAUCAUGGCAUUUGUCGUACGGUUAGCUCCUAUUGUUGACGGCGGCGAGCAUUUCCGCUCGGCCAAUAUCACAGCGCACAUCACUGUUGGCACGGCAUCGCCGGAUAUCAAGCCUAAGGAGUCAAACGAUCUUCUGGAGACAUGGCUCAGGAUCGGUAGUGGUAGUGAAGGAAUUCAGGAGCUUGCUGUGGCUGGAAACGUGGAGUUGGAGGGCACCGCCAAAGCUGUGUUGGCCAGAUGA